UUUACAACACUGUAAGUAUAAAUACACACACACACACACACACAAAACCAAAUCUCAUCGUAAACCCUUACGUUCUUCGUCUCAACCGCUCUCUUAAUUCUCAGAGAUUCUUCUAGUAAAUCAAUUCAUCAGGUUGUCGAUGUUGUGAGAAUUCGGUUGAUUAUAAUCGGAAACUGGAUUGAUAGAUGUAAAAAUGGAUGAAGAUAUGUAUGAGAGAUUGAGAAGAAGGAUGCUGGAGUUAGCAAAUGAUUGUCAAACGACGUCGUAUGGAUCGGUUUCGUCUAGUGGAGUUUGGGAGAAGCAUCAGGAUGAUGUUACCUAUAAUCAGCUUCAGAAGUUCUGGAGUGAGUUACCACCGCAAGCUAGGCAAGAGCUUCUAAGGAUCGACAAACAAACGCUUUUUGAACAAGCGCGUAAGAAUAUGUACUGCUCCAGAUGCAACGGGUUACUACUAGAAGGUUUUAUGCAGAUUGUCAUGUACGGAAAGUCACUGCACCAAGAUGGAGUGUGCAGUCAGGGUUCCGGCAAUAGACUAGUAACCCCAAAGUCUCAUACCGUUGAGGACGUGUGUUUGACGAGUGGCUGCAAUGAUGACGUUCAAGAUCCAUCUGUCCAUCCGUGGGGAGGUCUAACUACCACUAGAGACGGAGCACUCACCGUGUUGGAUUGUUAUAUUUAUUCGAAGUAUUUGAAGGGACUACAAAAUGUAUUUGAUAGUGCUAGAGCAAGGGAGCGGGAACGUGAAUUACUUUAUCCUGAUGCAUGUAGAGGAGGAGGUCGUGGGUGGAUUAGACAGAGGGCCCGGGAAACAUGUGCUUUGCAUACUGCCAGACUUUCAGUUGACACGUUGGUUGACUUUUGGUCUGCGUUAGGAGAAGAGAUGCGUUAUUCUCUUCUAAGGAUGAAAGAAGAAGAUUUUAUGGAACGGUUAAUGUACAGGUUUGAUAGCAAGAGGUUUUGUAGAGAUUGUAGGAAGAAUGUAAUUCGUGAAUUUAAGGAACUAAAAGAACUUAAACGCAUGACAAGAGAAGCCCGUUGUACAAGCUGGUUUUGUGUAGCUGAUACAAGCUUCCAAUGUGAGGUGACUCUUGACACAAUCCAGGCUGAUUGGCAUGAAAACUAUGCUGACUCAGCAGGAACAUACACACAUUACGAAUGGGCUGUUGGAACCGGAGCAGGAAAAUCUGAUAUAUUAGAUUUUGAAAAUGUCGGACCAAACACAAGGGUUCAAGUCAACGGUCUAGAUCUCGCCGGUUUAAAAUCAUGUUACAUCACUUUAAGGGCAUGGAGAACCGACGGACGGUGUAACGAAGUUUCAGUCAAAGCUCACGCAUUGAAUGGUCAACAAUGUGUUCAUGGAAGACUUGUAGUCGGUGACGGUUAUGUUACAAUCACAAGCGGUGAAAGCGUUAGAAGGUUCUUUGAGCAUGCAGAAGAGGCUGAGGAAGAAGAGGAUGAUGAUUCAAUAGACAAUGAUGGGAAUCAAUUAGAUGGAGCAUGCUCCCGUCCCCAAAAACAUGCGAAGACUCCAGAACUUGCUCGAGAAUGUCUUUUAGAUGCCGCAACAGUUAUUUUUAAGGAACAGGUUGAAAAGGCUUUCCGAGAAGGGACUGCACGUCAAAAUGCACAUAGCAUGUUUGUAUCGCUUGCAUUAAAAUUACUGGAAGAACGUGUGUUGGUUGCAUGCAAGGACAUCAUUACUUUAGAAAAACAGUGUAAACUACUAGAAGAAGAAGAGAAGGAGAAACGAGACGACGAAGAACGAAAAGAACGCAGAAGGAUAAAAGAAAAAGAAAAAAAACUCCGUAGGAAAGAGAGAUUACGGAUCAAGGAAACAGAGAAAGAGAAAACAUGUGGUCAACUUAGUCAAACUUCAACAGUUCCCGAUAGUACAGAGGAAUUAACAAGCGUUAAUGAUGAGCCGAACGUCAAUGACAGCCCACAUUGUGAAGAACAAGAAGAUGGUGUAUCAUCCGUAUGCGCAUCAGAUGAUUGUACACAAGAAGACCAAAUUUCAGAUUAUGAUAAAAGUUCAAAUGGUGAAUUGUUUGUUGAUGUUCAAUCAAAACACGACCGUAGGAGACUGAAGUCAUGGAAAGAUAAUCACAUUGAUCAACCCGUAAAGUGCUCUGAUAGACGGCGGUUUGAAAACGGGUCAAAAAAUAAGCCUGUAAGGUCAAACGGGUCAAGGUACAAUGAAAGAUUACAUUGUUGUCAUCACAGAACAAGUGGCAGGUACGAUCAGCCCGCUUGCCAUUGUUACCAACCCAACGAUUACCGGCCCAAAUUAGGCAAGCCGGAACCCGAUAUGGAUGUCUCAAAACCGUAUUUUCGUGGAAACAAGUUUAAUAAUAAUGCCGAAUAUGUUCGGGAAAGACCUAAAACCAAAACUAUCACCGGCAACAACGAUUACACAAAGAAAGUGUGGGAACCGAGAACUAAUUUAGUUUCUGGUGAUGUCGUUGAGCCCGUUAAGCUUAUUAGUUCGCCGAAGGGGACCCAUUCAAGCCCUACCAAUAAUGAAGAUAGUGAUUUGAAGGAAUCAAAAAGUAGUGUUCACAUAGAACCCGAACCCAAAAGUGGGACCGCUGAUUCUUCUACUAGCGGCAGCAUCUCUAACUCCGAUGGCUGCUCAUCAUGUCUUAGUGAAGGAGACGGCAGGCUCCAACCAUUGGGUCCACCGCUACUUAGCCAUGGUCAACUGCCAGUGUGCCAACCGGUUCCACCGGUCAACAAUGUUCAAAAUGGGAAUUUUGUGAAAUCGGGUUCUGAAAAGCGAAACGGGAAUUCUGAUAAAACGCGAAAGGGUAAUACGGGGUUUUCUCUUUUUCAUUUCGGUGGUCCGGUUGAUGUUUCGAACGGUUUUAAGGCGGGUUCUGUAAUAGAAGAGAUUGAUGUGAAUGUUUGUUUGAAAACAUUGGCAGUGGGAGAUAGUUGUGGUAUGGAAGAAUACAAGUUGUUUGCAGCAAGCAAAGGGAUACAGUUUUCCUUCUUUUGAAAACAGUUUGAGGUUAAUCAAUUGUUUUAUAUUUGGUAUGAAAUAAUUUUGAGAAACAAAUUUAGCAUGUUUCUUGUUAUGGUAUAGAGAGUAUGAGGCGUUUGAUAGGGAAAUCAAUAUCAUCCAGUUUUACUACAAA